AAUCAAGUUUUCAAAUCCCUUCAAAGAAAUAACAGAAUGAAGAAGCAUAUUGUCUUAUUGAUUUUCCUCUUUCUGAUUCAAUACUACUCUUUUUCUAUAUCAUUAGCUUCCUCAAAUGAAACAGACCAACAAGCUCUACUAGCUUUCAAAAAUCUUGUUGCAAGUCCUAGUCAUUUUUUAACCAAAAAUUGGACCAAGAAUACUUCUGUUUGCUCUUGGUUUGGUGUCACUUGCAGUCCAAAAAGGCAAAGAGUUGUCGCCUUGACUCUUUCUAAUUUGCAACUUCAAGGCACAAUUUCCCCCUCUUUGGCCAAUUUGUCUUUUCUCAGAGAACUCAAUCUUGCGAACAAUUUCUUCCAUGGAGGCAUACCUUAUGGCAUUGGCAGCUUGCCUCUCCUGCGAGUGAUUGAUAUUCAAAACAAUCAGCUCAAUGGAAGUAUUCCAGCAAGUCUAUUUCAACAUCGGCGAGUUCAAAUAAUUUCAUUGGCUUACAAUGAACUUAGUGGUGAAAUGUGGAAAGGUCCAUGGUCUGUACCAGAACUAAGAGUCUUAAAUCUCAGGAACAAUAGCCUCACAGGUAUAAUCCCACUUUCUGUCGGAAAUGCCACAAAGUUGUUGAACAUCAGUUUGUACGGGAAUAGAAUCAAAGGCAACAUUCCAAAGGAAAUUGGUAAUCUAAACCAACUUGAAUUUUUGACCUUGACUGGGAAUCAAUUAACUGGUCACAUUCCUGCAACACUGUUUAAUAUCUCGUCACUAGUUGCGGUGUAUCUGGCAGUCAACAGGCUUUCGGGUCCUCUCUUGCUUGAUGAAGGGAAUGUUGUGUCAAAUCUAGAGGUUUUAAGUAUAUCUGAAAACCAAAUUUCUGGUCACAUUCCUUCCAAUAUUUGCCAACUCGCAGAGCUCAAAGCAUUGUCCAUAUCAUACAACAACAUAACUGGAGACAUACCCAGAAAUAUUGGUUGUCUAGCCAAGCUCGAAAUAUUCUAUAGUGGUACAAAUGAAAUAAGUGGGACAAUUCCUGCUUCAUUUGGCAAUAUUUCCACUCUGCAAUAUCUUGAUUGUCCCAGAAAUUACAUUGCGGGGCAAAUACCUCUGGAAUUAGGGAAGCUAUCAAAUUUGAGGCUAUUAAAUUUUCCAGAGAAUUAUAAUCUUAUAGGUCAAAUUCCAGAGGCUAUUUUUAACAUAUCUUCUUUGGAAAAGAUUGGUUUCAAUUAUAACAACCUUUCGGGGAGAAUUCCAUCCAUGACAGAUCAUCAUCUUCCAAACCUUAAACAACUUUACUUGGGGGCCAAUCAGCUGGAAGGAGAAAUUCCAUUGUUCAUAACAAAUGCUUCCAAGCUUGAGAUACUGGAGUUGUCACAUAACUUCCUCACAGGAACUAUUCCUAAUAAUUUGGGAAAUCUUCGUGAGUUGCAAAGACUGAACCUACAUAGAAAUCAAUUUACCAAUGAUCCAAGAGAGAAUGAGUUGCGAUUCUUCAAUUCUUUGGUGGACUGCAGGAUGUUGCGCUAUCUACAAGUGGGUUCUAAUCCGUUGAAUGGCUUUCUGCCCAAUUCUGUUGGGAAUCUUUCAUCUACUAUUGAAAAUUUUGAAAUAGGAGAUGCAGUCAUCAAUGGCUUCAUCCCCACAGGUAUAGGAAACAUGAGCGGUCUUACAAUCCUAGACUUUGAAGGAAACUACUUGACAGGGAGUAUUCCUUUUGAUGUUGGUAAGCUUAAGCAACUCCAAGGUCUAUCUCUAAGUAACAAUAAAUUACAAGGGCAUAUUCCAGGGGCGGUAUGUCAUUUGUCUAAUUUGGUUCAAUUAUAUCUGAAAGAUAAUGAGCUCUCUGGGUUAAUUCCAGAAUGUUUUGGAAAUCUUAGCACACUUCAAAUCAUUUCAUUGAGUUCUAACAAAUUAUCUUCAACGUUGCCUUCGAGCCUAUGGAAAAUAAGUGGUCUUCUUGGUCUAGAUGUGUCACAGAAUUCUAUAGAGGGAGAAAUUCCACAGGAUAUUGGAGCACUACAGGCCAUUGUAGAACUAUGUCUUUCCGGUAACCACUUUUCGGGCACAGUACCAAGCAGAUUGGGGGAACUCGAAAACAUGCAGUCCCUUGACCUAUCAAAAAAUUCAUUUUUUGGCCAAAUUCCAUUAUCCUUUGCCAACUUGAUAAGUUUGGAAUUGCUGGAUUUGUCUUUAAAUGAGUUUUCAGGUACUAUUCCUAAGUCAUUGGAAAAACUCUCAUACCUUAAAACAAUUAAUGUUUCAUUUAAUGAUUUAGAAGGUGAAAUACCUAGUCGUGGUGUGUUUGCUAAUUCCACAUUGCAAUCAUUUCUUGGGAACAAAGGUCUAUGUGGAAUGCACAUAUUGGAGAUUCCUGCUUGCCCUAUCACUAAUUCUGGAAAACAGUCCAAGGAGCUUGUGUUAAAAAUUGUUAUUCCCGUGGUUACUUCAUCCUUUCUGAUAUUCUUGUUCAUUUCAAUAUGGAUAAUGAAACAAAAGAAGAAAAGAAAGUCUAAAGAUGUCGAAAAGGUUUGGGAGAUCCAGACUUAUCAAUUUAUUUCUUAUCAUGAGAUUCAACGAGCAACAAAUAAUUUUGAUGGAUCAAAUUUAAUUGGUGUGGGAAGCUCUGGCUCUGUGUACAAAGGCACAUUAUCUGAUGGAACUAUUGUGGCCGUAAAGGUUCUGGAUUUAGAAAAUGAGGAAGUAUGCAAGAGGUUUGAUGCCGAAAGCAAAGUGAUGAGAAAUGUUAGACACAGAAAUCUUGUUCCUGUAAUUUCUACUUGUUUUAGUGACUGUAUAAGGGCCUUUGUUCUGCAAUUUAUGCCCAAUGGAAGUCUUGAGAAUUGGUUGUACAAAGAAGAAUCCCACUUGAACCUCCUUCAAAGAAUCUCCAUAAUGCUUGAUGUGGCUAUGGCAAUUGAAUAUCUACAUCAUGGUCAUAACUCUCCGAUAGUUCAUUGCGACCUAAAGCCAGCAAACGUUCUUUUGGGUGAAGAUAUGGUAGCGCAUGUUGGUGAUUUUGGAAUCUCUAAGAUUUUAGCCAUAAGCAAGUCCAUGGCACAUACCGAGACAUUGGGCACUCUUGGAUACAUUGCACCAGAAUAUGGCUCGGAGGGAAUAGUGUCCACUAGUGGUGAUGUUUAUAGUUACGGCAUCAUGUUGAUGGAGGUUUUGGCUAGAAAAAGGCCAACAGAUGAAGAGAUAUGCAACGAAAAUAUGGACUUGAGGAAGUGGAUAAAUCGAGUAUUUCCAGCGACUUUGAUGGAUGUUGUGGAUGUCAAUCUUUUUUCCAAGGGAAAACAAAUCACUUCCAAAAGUGAAAUCUGCAUAGCCUCCAUGAUAGAAUUGGCUUUAGACUGCACAAAAGAAGCACCGGAAUCAAGAAUAACCAUGAAAGAUGUAGUCAAGAGGCUUAACAUAAUCAAGAUCACAUAUCUGUAAAUAUAGAAGUUAAUAUGCUGCUUUUGUUUACCUGGUUUCUUUAGAAAAGUCAUCGUGGAGUCUUGUACUAUUUGUACUUCAGAGUGUUGCAUUUCCCUCAUCUUGUGGUUUCAGAUCUGAGUUGUUUUGAACCUGUUUCACUUUCUUUAUUUGUAACUAUGUUUUGGGUGCUUGAAUAAACUAAGAAAUAUUAUGAAAGUAAUUUUUUCCUCAAUUUAA